AUAAUUGCUAAUAUAAAGUACUUAGACCUGUAGUUUAAUUAAUAAGAUGCAUGUUUUCAAUCUGGUCUUACUCCCAUUGCCUGGGCCUUGAUUUUCUCAGCCUUCUAAAUGGCAGCUAUGGGCUUAAAUUUGCUUCCAACUUCUCUGUUCCUCUAGAGCUGGAAGCCUGGUUCGUUGAUUGUUCAGUGAGGGAAGAAAAUGCCGCUGGGUCUUAUACUGGGGAUAGGCAGGGCGUUCCGGAGGAAGCGUACCUCAUCAUUAGACAUUCUCUCCCCAAAAAGAGCACCCCGGAAUUACUACAAGGGAAAGAAUUGCAAGCCUACUGGUUUUCAUACUCGAAAAGGUGGGUAUGUUGUGGUGCAGGAGAAGUUACCAAAUUACGUGGUCCCUGAUUUGACUGAUUUCAAGCUCAAACCCUAUGUAUCUCAGUGUCCAAUAGAAGCAAAGACAACUGAGGCUUCUGAAUCAGCUAAAUGAUGAAACAGAGCAAGGAUGGAUUAGGUGCCUUCAUUAUCAUUAUUAUUAUCUUUUUAAAGAAGUAAUCUUCACGGGAUAAAUUUCUCAUCCACGAAUGUAUGACUUGGAUGCAAGUAAGCCAUUGAAAUAUUGAAUUAUUUGCAAGUUGUUGUUUAUUCUAGUGAAGAAAUUUCUCAGGACUUAUGGCCAUCCUCAUCCCGUGUGUCCAAAAGAAGGAAGCUUUCUAUUAAGCAUAUCGUGUAACAGAUGGCGCAUAGCUGGAAUCUGUUCAUAGACACAUCUCUCCACGUCUUAAUAAAAAAACGUUUUCCUG